GUAAUGUGGCUUUCGGUCCUGACAUGUCAAGUUGUUGCGAUGCAUGCCAAUGACGCCCAUGCGCAGCAACAGGACCUGGACGUGAAUUACGUCGCUGAAAUGUUGGAUAAAUUGCAGGUUUUCGUCAAGAAACAAAGCUAUGUCACCCACGAGCAUUUCAACAGCGAGUUGAAACGGCUCCGGGGAAAAGUGGCAACCAUGGGUGAGUCAGCGGAUCUGAAAUUGUUGCAAGAUACUGUAAAAAGCACCGAGAUGGAAAGGAUGGAGGCAGAAGCAGCUUCAUUGGAGGCAAUGCAGUAUUACCACACGGUGCGCGCGGCCUCGGGGUCCACAGGUGGUGCCCCAAGCUGCGACUUUCUCACAUGUGGACAUCACGCAGUGUGUAAGUCACAUCAGAAUGGAAGAGCGUUUUGUGAAUGUGUUCCUUGCUUUAGUGGAGAUGGCUUCACUUGCCGUCCAUCCAAGUGCACUGCGGACACUGUUUACUCUCCGCAGCUGAUCGUGCCAUACUCAGCAAGUGGAACCAAGCCAGAUCCCAUAAUCGCGCGCGACGUGAGCCUUUCCCUCAUUGGACGCGAUGGCUUGUUGGUGGCCAUUCGAGACGAGCAGCGUGGAAACCAGGGCUUCCUGACCGUUGGACGCGUGAAGUCCAAUGAGAUAAUGUGGGGCGAUUGGCAGCUUUUCUCGCUUGAGUCCAAAGCAUUCGAGCCUACAGUCGUUGGCUUGAACGACCGGUUGCUCAUUGCAUACAGAGAUGCAGAAGAGAACGGUGUAGGUUAUUUGGUAAGUGGCCAGCUGGACAGUACCGACCUCACUGGCUUCAAGGUGCGGAUUGGGCAGCCGUACUUACUUCAUCACAAAAUGCAGCAGCGAGUGUCGUUGGUGGCGUUGUCGGCAUCACGUGCAGUGUGCCUGCACGCUGCCGUGGAUGAGAAGGCUGCAGGUGGACAUUAUGCUGUGACAUGCUAUGACAAGACGCCAGGCAAGGCAUUUCUGGUCCAAGUCCAUGCAGACGGGCUCAGCUUGCUUGGCAAGUACCAUUUCGGAGGGGAGGCCCCAAUUUCUCACAUCGCGGCCACGAAGCUAAGCGAGGAGUUGAAGAGAAGAGACGUAAACGAAGAAGUGAACGAUGGAUUUGCAGGAGCUGUCGGCUACUUGGAUGAGAGUCUCCGAGUCUGGGAUGAUGACCUGCUGAUUGUGAGCCCUCAUCAGUUUGCUUUGGAACCAGAGCACCCGGAUAUGUAUCAUCGAGAUGUCGCCCUGGUCUCCCAGAACCUCUUUGCCUACUCCUAUUAUUCUGGUGCGGAGAGGAAGACCAAGCUGUCGUUGGUUCACGUCGACCCUGGUUCGCAUCAAAUGGCUGCAGUUGGUGAUCCAGUUGUCCUGAGCACCGGCUACAACUCAAUUGUUGGAGCUGUAUCACUGCCGGCCGGCUCAGAGACGCCCAGCACCUUCACUUACUUUUUGCAGCCCACCGGAGCUAAGAGUGCAGCGAAGGUGUGUGGUGUAAGCUCGGAAGGUCGAAUCUCUGGCUGUAAAGAUGUGACAUGGGCAGAGGAGGAAUUGGAGUCUGCCACUGGAAUCAAGCUUCCUGAUGGUCGCUUGCUCUUCGCCUUUAUCCAAAAAGGAUCGGUGCAGACUCGAUUUGUGUCCGCAGAGGAAGCUUCUGCACAGGACGUUUGCGCUGGCUUGAUUGAGUUCUUCUCCAACAUGGCAGAGGGGCCCUUGCUCGUGGAGCAGUCUGCCAGACGGCAGCCAGAUGUGGAAAUAGUGUGGAUCUGCCACCAGUCACUCAUGACAUUGUUCUUGGAGGCCUUUGCUUGGAAAGGCCACAAGACCGUCUACGGUUGUACCGGGUUGAUAUUGGAGGAGAAAGGGAUUCUGGAAGGUAUCGGAUUCCAAGUGAAUGUCGCUGUCGGAAAUCUUCCGCCAGAGGACUUGAAAGAUGUGGUCUUCGAAUCCUUGGCAGGCACCCAUGCUUUAUCUCGUCACAUUUGGCAGGCGAUCGCAGUGAUGGGGGCAGGUGACUUCACAGCAGACCAUCCAGACUUCCAGUCUUUUGAUGGUCAUAGCACUGGUUUGGUGGAAGACCAACUCGGACCUGACAAGAAGCCUGUGUUCAAAGGAGGUCUUCAACUCUCCAGCAAGGAGAACUUUGAUCAGUGGUUUCGAGAUGUCCCUGGAGUGAACAGAAGGAUUAACUUCAGGAUGGACUUUGAGAAGACUCCUUCGGGUACCUAUGUUCAUGAUGACGCAUCCUUCUUUCCAAUCGAUGGACAGGGAUGGAAUGAUACUGCCAUAGGUCUAGAUGAUGAAGCGCACAACUUUUACUUCACUUUGGAGAUGCACGGCACAUUUGUGUAUAUACCAGGGCUUUCCUUUACCUUCCGGGGUGAUGAUGAUGUGUGGGUCUACAUGAAUGGGAAGCUUGUGAUUGACCUGGGUGGCGUGCAUAAUCCCAUGGUCGGUACCUACGAGAUCGACAACCUGAAUCUGACAGAAGGAGAAGCGGUGGAUUUGAGUUUUUUCUUUGCUGAACGACGAUGCUGCGGUUCUGAGUUCCGUCUGGAGACUACGAUCCUUCCAGUGAAGGGCACCUGCACCAUUUGGGGCGAUCCUCACAUCGAUCCUUUUGACAACGGCAUAUUCGGAGCUGAGAAGGCGGAAGCCCUCGGCGUUUAUUCUUCUGGCGAUUACUGGUUGGUCAAGAACUCCCAGAUCAAGAUCCAGGCCCGGUACGGCACCACAAUCUUCACACCGAGCAACAUGUCCGCUUUGCUUUCAUUGGCUUUGAGCGGUGACUGGCUGUGGAAUAACACUCUCAUCAUCGAGCCAGAGGAAGGCCAAAUCACGUGGAAUGGUGAACCCAUUCUCAGUGAAUUGAACACUGAUUUUGUCCAGCCGAUAGCCAACUUGCGCUACAUGCCUGGAGAAAAGCACAUUGAUGGAGUGCUGAAGAACUACCCAGUGAAGCUCAUCCAGGCUUACUUUACCCGCAAUGUGGAAGUGACUGUCAACAGAUGGCCAAAGCACAUCGAUGCCAUCAUCCGCAUGCCACAGCAAUUGGGAGGACAGGAUGGGCACUGUGGAAAUUUCAAUUUUGAUGUAAGUGAUGACACCAAGGACCAGAUUGAGCAGCGAAUAGGGCCAGUAGCACCUGGUGCGUCUCUCUUUGCGCAGGAAGUGGAAAUGGUGGUCCAGCAAGAGGCGAAGAAGAUCGAAGAUUGUGACCAACAAACCAGAAAAGCUGCCACAAAGGCGUGCAAGGAAGCCAGGGCUGCGGAGGGUGAUGACAAACCUCAGGAUGAGAAGAUGCGCAUGAAAGCUUGCGUGUAUGACUACUGCUUCGGCAGCAAGGAGUUUGUUGCAGAAGAUGCAAUUGUCGAGCAUGAGAGUGUGGAAGAGUGA